AUGCCACAGGAAGACUACGAGAUCUUCAAACUCGGAGACUGGGAGCUGCAGACUGGAGAAAAGAUCGCCGACGCGCAUAUCGCAUACAAGACGUUCGGCGAUCCUAAAUCACCAGCUAUCGUUUAUCCGUCCUGGUUCUCGGGGUCUAUCUCGGACAACUUCUGGCUCAUCGGAGAAGACAAGACCCUUAACCCCAAAGAGUUCUUUAUCAUUAUCACCGCUCUAUUUGGUAAUGGACAGUCUUCGUCACCUUCGAAUCAGACCACCCCAGGAGUCUUCCCCAAGGUCUCGUUCUACGACAACGUGCGGGCCCAACAUGAGCUCGUUACCAAACAUUUCGGCAUUUCUCACCUGCGCGCCGUCAUCGGUUGGUCCAUGGGAGGCGGCCAGACGUUUCAAUGGGCGACACAGUAUCCCGAUUUCAUGGAUCUGGCUAUCCCAUUCUGUGGAGCUGCCAAGACAUCACUACAUAACAAAGUCUUCCUCGAGGGUGUCAAAAGUGCCCUGCUCGCCGCCAAGAACACUCGUUCGGCCGGCUCCGGUGAAAUUGGAGUUAGCGCAAAGGAUCAGGAGGUUCGAACCUGGAGUUCCAGCGAGAAGGAAAUUGGGUUGAAGGCCAUGGGUAGGGUUUAUGCUGGCUGGGGUUUUAGUCAAGCCUUUUACCGGCACAAGCUGUAUGAGACCGUGCUGGGAUAUCAAGGGCUCGAGGAUUUCAUGCAAAACUUUUGGGAGAAAUGGGCAUGCUCGAAAGAUCCCGAGAAUCUUCUUGUCAUGAUACAAACCUGGCAGAAUGGUGAUGUCUCCCUGCAGGAGCCCUACAAUGGUGACUUUGAGAAAGCGAUGGGUUCCAUCAAGGCCAAGACGCUGGUUCUGCCCGCCAAGACCGAUCUCUACUUCCCACCGGAUGACUCGCAGUAUGAAGUUGCCUGCAUGAAGCCAGGCGUCGGAAAACUGGACGUUUUCCCUUCCAUUUGGGGACACUGGGCAGGAGGUCCUGGUGACAGCAAAGAAGAUGUUGCAUGGCUAGACAAGCAAUUGUCAGUUUUCUUUGCGGAGAACAAGCCGGAUGGGGUCGACUAG